AUGUUUUAUAUAGCAAGUCUCUUAUGUCUUCGUCUAGUGAGAGUUCUAGUUCCAGCAGUCGUCCCCAGGGGCGAAUCCGCGCUUCUGCAAUGCCUCUUCGAUUUACAAGGCGAAACUUUGUAUUCUGUUAAAUGGUACAAGGACGACGAGGAGUUCUUCAGAUACGUCCCUGGUGCCAGUCCGGCCCUGCACAGUUACAGAGUCGAAGGGGUAAAAGUCGAGCACCACAAAUCCAGCAGCAAACAAGUUUUCUUAAGGGCAGUUACUUUGAAGACGAGUGGUCUUUAUCGGUGUGAGGUUUCUGCAGAGGCUCCUUCUUUUGCUUCAGUACAAGGCGAAGGUGUCAUCACAGUUGUCUAUUUACCUCGAGAAGGUCCAAGGAUUUUAGGAGGCCGAGACCGUUACGGUCUUGGUGAAGAACUACAACUAAACUGUACAUCAGGUCGAUCACAUCCACCAGCUAUUUUAAAGUGGUACAUCAACGACCAACUGGUGAGAGGUCCAGCCCUUUUGCACCAGCCAGUUCCAGCACAAUUAAGCAGCAAUUCUAUAAGUUCUUCGUAUUCCGAUAAAACUGGUCAGGUUUUGUCAGGUUUGUCCAGCUCCUGGUUGGGUUUGAAGUUUACUGUGCAGAGUGGGCAUUUUGCCAAGGGGGGAUCGAUGAGGGUUAAAUGUGUUGCCAGGUUGGCAGCCGGAGGAGGUGAGGAGCACAAUAUAGAAAGCAAUGUAGAUAAUUUACUAGACGAAAGAGUUUUAGACGAAUACGACAGAGGUUUGCAGAGUGAAAUGCAAUACAGGAUGCCACAAUUGUUGGAUCAUAGAGAAGCACUUUUAUUAGAUGUUCAAAAACGCAAUGUGGACAAUAUCGAUGUCGAAAAUCGAUCUUCAGGAAACAGAACGAAUCAUGAUCGAUGGAAAUCCAAAAUAUUUGCCAAAGGAUUUAGAAGGAUUCUUACCUUGACACUAAUUGUUAUCCUUUCCUGGCUAAUAUUAUUCUUCCUGGUUGGUUUCACGGCUGCACCAGGUGGCGACCUCUUUGGUUUAUUCAUUAUGACAUUAGUAGCACUUUUAGCAGGAAAACUGUGUAUAUUAUUCCGAAUGCCAGGACUUAUUGGAAUGCUUUUGGUCGGAAUCCUAUUCCAGAAUCUAAAAUGGGUAACAAUAGAAGGAACUCCUAACGCACCAGUCAUCGCCAAACUCCGCAAGAUGGCCCUGGUAGUUAUUUUAAGUCGAGCAGGUUUAGGAAUGGAUCCAGGUGCAUUCAGGAAACUUUAUGGUGCUAUUUUAAAAUUGGGGAUAGUCCCUUGGGCAGUGGAGUGGAUUGUGGUGACUCUUUUGGGACAUUACUGGUUGGAAAUGCCUUGGUUGUGGUCACUCAUGCUGGGUUGUCUUAUAGCAGCAGUUUCACCAGCUGUAAUUGUGCCAACGUUGUUCAGAUUGAGUGCACAGGGUUAUGGAGUCGAAAAGGGCAUUCCUACCUUAAUUGUGGCUGCUGCAGGCAUAGACGAUGCUACCAGCAUUUCUGUUUUUGGGAUACUGAGCAGUCUUUUGUUUUCAGAUGACUCAAUAGGUUACCAAAUUGCCCAAGUGCCAGUGUGUGUAAUCGGUGGGGCUGGUCUUGGUGCAGUUUGGGGAUUUUUGGCGAAGUAUUUUCCACAUCCUGAUGAUAAAAAUUUGGCUAGUUUGAGGAUUCUGAUGCUGCUUACUGGAGGUGUUACUUCGGUUUUUGGAGCUACUUAUGUAGGAUUUGAAGGAGCUGGUCCAUUAGCAGUUGUGACAGCAUCAUUUGUGAGCACUGUAUUUUACCAAAAGCAGGGUUGGAAUAUUAAAAAAAAUGCAGUGGUGGACUUUUUUGCAAUUUUGUGGGUCGGAUUUGAACCACUCCUGUUCUCUACAGCUGGUGCCCAAGUCAAGUUUUCAGAAUUGGAUACAUACAUAUUGUUAUGUGGUUUAGCAUGUUUAGUAAUUGGUGUGUUCAUGAGAGUGUCUUGCACAAGUCUGGUUAUGUUCAAUGAAAAUUUGAACAAGAAGGAAUUGGUUUUUGUGUCUUUGUCGUGGAUGGCAAAAGCCACUGUACAGGCUGCCCUUGGUCCAGUUGCCCUAAACCUUCUACCAGCCAGUUCGACAGCUGAUGAAAAACAUUAUGCAGAAAUUAUUUUGACAAUCAGCAUUUUAAGUAUCAUAGUAACAGCUCCUCUUGGAGCAAUAGUCAUAUCUUUAAGUGGUCCUAAAUUGCUGAGCAAACAGGAUCAUAGUGUGGGAGUUGGUGUGUUGAGUAAAAGUAAAAGAGACGAUUUGGAUAACUCGAAUUCUAAUGAUAAUAUUGCUUUUGAUAAUGGUCAUAGUUGAAUUAGAAAUAUAAACUAGAUCUAUGGGUAAAUUUACGUGCUAGAGUUAGUGGCGCACUCUAUGGAGUGCGGAAACGAUUAAAAUUUAAG